AUGAUCUCACUGCUCCUGUUACAGGCAGAUGAUGAGCACUACAUCCCGCGGGCCGUGCUGCUGGACCUGGAGCCCCGAGUUAUCCACUCCAUCCUGAACUCCCCUUAUGCCAACCUGUACAACCCAGAAAACAUCUACCUGUCGGAGCAUGGAGGGGGUGCUGGGAACAACUGGGCCAGUGGCUUCUCACAGGGGGAAAAAAUCCAUGAAGAUAUUUUUGACAUAAUAGACAGAGAGGCUGAUGGGAGCGACAGUUUGGAAGGCUUUGUGCUUUGCCACUCCAUUGCCGGUGGAACUGGCUCCGGGCUGGGCUCGUACCUCCUGGAGAGACUGAAUGACAGGUAUCCCAAGAAGCUGGUGGAGACCUACUCGGUGUUCCCAAACCAGGAUGAGAUGAGUGAUGUGGUAGUGCAGCCAUACAACUCCCUGCUGACGCUGAAGAGGCUGACACAAAACGCUGACUGCGUGGUGGUUCUGGACAACACGGCCUUGAAUCGCAUCGCAACAGACCGGCUGCACAUUCAGAACCCAUCGUUCUCUCAGAUCAACCAGCUGGUCUCCACCAUCAUGUCUGCCAGCACCACCACGCUCAGGUACCCUGGGUACAUGAACAACGACCUCAUCGGGCUGAUCGCCUCGCUCAUCCCCACCCCCCGGCUCCACUUCCUGAUGACAGGGUACACACCACUCACCACCGACCAGUCGGUGGCCAGUGUGCGGAAAACCACGGUCCUGGAUGUGAUGAGAAGAUUGCUGCAGCCUAAAAACGUGAUGGUGUCUACAGGGCGAGACAGGCAGACCAACCACUGCUACAUUGCCAUCCUCAACAUCAUACAGGGAGAGGUUGAUCCCACGCAGGUUCACAAGAGUCUGCAGCGGAUCCGGGAAAGGAAGCUGGCCAACUUCAUCCCCUGGGGUCCUGCCAGCAUCCAGGUGGCUUUGUCCCGCAAGUCCCCUUACCUGCCCUCUGCACACCGUGUCAGUGGCCUCAUGAUGGCAAAUCACACCAACAUCUCCUCGCUGUUUGAGCGGACGUGCCGGCAGUACGACAAGCUGCGCAAGCGGGAGGCCUUCCUGGAGCAGUUCCGCAAGGAGGACAUCUUCAAGGACAACUUUGAUGAGCUGGACAACUCCCGGGAGAUCGUGCAGCAGCUGAUCGAUGAGUACCACGCAGCCACACGCCCCGACUACAUCUCCUGGGGCACGCAGGAGCAGUGAGUGCCCUGCCAGGGGACGGGAGGACCCCACGGCCACCUCCACGCACGCCGGCAGGGCUCACCUCUGCCGUGCCCACGUUCCGCACCCCUC